GCUCGACAGGUACCCUCCAAUGCGAUGGAAGCAACAUCAUCUCGUGAGAGAAUUUGAUAGCCUUUUCGCUGCGAUGAGACCAGCUCUCUAUACCCCGGCGCCAUCAACAGCACUCCUGAAAUUCCUUAAGUCGCAAUCCGAGUCAGUUUGCUUUUUUACCGCCAAUACUGGACAAAGCCCUCAACUCUACCACACAGCACCGCGAGCUACUUUACGGCUCUGCACAUCAAGUUUUUCGAGAGCACCUAGAAGAUGUCUUUCAACAACUGCUUCGCGAUGCGCCCCUGUCAAAUCUGGGCCUGCUAAUCUUGAUUUCCUGCGGCCGAAGCCAAAUACAUCCGCCCUACAACACCGGGCGCAAAGCCGACCUACGACAUGUAUUAGACAGGCAUACACAAAAGGAGCAAUCCAAGGACGCCGGAAUGCUUCAACAGGCUUCAGAAAGUGGGCGCAAAAGAUAUGGGGCACGAAUCGCUCGAAAGGCGGACGAGGACUACGACCAGACGAUCUCCCAAAAGGACGAAGUGAAGGCUCGGAGACGGCAGUAUUUAGUUUAGGACGUGCUGUUUCGGCGAAAGCUGCAGCACAACCCAAGCUGAGAUGUACAGAGUUGGAUGAGAAUGGGAAUGUGACAUUGGCGAGUGGCGAGUUCAAGAAGAGCGAAUUGAUUGCUAAAGUACGGAACAUUCUAUCUUAUUUGAUGCCGAGGACAAUGCUGAUUUGUUUGUUAAUUAGUAUGGCCUGCUUCCUCGUGAUCUCAGAAAAAUUGAUUCGAGUCUCCUGCCGCAUAUCCUCGUUCGCCCGUCUGCAAUCCUAAUCAAUCUUCUCCAUCUGCGAGUUCUGAUAAAACAUAAUCGCGUUUUGGUAUUUGAUGCGUAUGGGACUACGGAUUCAUAUAAUCAAUCAGCGUUCAUAUACGAUCUCGAGGAUAAACUACGGGCGAAACAGGGUUCACUGUUAGCGGGAGGAUUGCCAUACGAGUUCCGGGCUCUGGAAGCGAUUCUCAUUUCUGUCAUUACGAGUUUAGAAACGGAAUUUGAAGGUGUCAGAGAACCUGUUGUAAGAGUAUUGAGAGAGCUCGAGGAAGAUAUUGAUAGGGAUAAGUUAAGGGGCUUGCUUAUUUAUUCCAAGAAGCUGGGUACCUUCGAGCAGAAAGCGAAACUUGUACGGGAUGCUAUCGAUGAACUGCUGGAAGCAGAUGAUGAUUUGGCAUCCAUGUACUUGACUGAGAAAGCUCAUGAUAUUGCACGAGGAGAGGAUGACCACACUGAAGUUGAGAUGUUGCUCGAGUCCUACCACAAACUCUGUGAUGAAAUCGUCCAAGAGUCCGGGAAUUUGGUUUCCAACAUCCGUAACACGGAGGAGAUGUAAGUUUUCUCACCUUUCCAUUUAAAUCAACCAAGUUAUUAACAUUAGACUCAGCGUAAAAGCAAUCCUCGAUGCAAACCGCAAUUCCCUCAUGCUCCUGGACCUCAAAUUCUCCGUCGGCACCCUAGGACUGACCUCCGGCACCCUCAUCGCCGCUUUCUACGGCAUGAAUCUCAAAAACUUCAUCGAGGAGUCUGAAUUUGGAUUCUGGGGCAUCACAGGUUCCUGUAUGGUCUUCAGCACCAUCGUUUGCGCCAUUGGACUGGUCAAACUGCGAAAAGUUCAACGUGUAAGUAUGUGGGGCGAGGGAGGCAGGCGAGGCCGCAAUUGGCGGGUUGAAGAGCCGCUGCUGGAUUUGGGCAGGAAGGAGAGAGCGGAGAGACAUUUGAGGUUGAAGGUGGAGAGAAGUAGGGCGCUAGAGGAGAGACGACAGAGUGGGCUGGCUGGGAGGCAGGAGGCUGCUAUUGCGGCUUCUACGGCUGUGGGAAAGAGGGUUUAG